CUUAGCGGGCACAAGAUAACACAAUGAUUCUGAAUGAACCCCGUCAGAAGUAGGCCAGAUUGGUGAAUGUAUACAAGGCAGGUUGUACGAUACAGAAUAUUCGUCUAGCUACAUUAGAACAAGCUUCUCUGUCUGCAGAAAGAUAUUCUUAGCCCAGGAGGCAGCUCUUUACAGCUGCAGAGAACACGGUUGCUCUGAGCAUUAUGGACAAAACAACAGAGAAGACAGAGUCUGAAAAGAAUGGCUUGACAAAGAAAGCAUGGCCAAAGGUGGUCAAAAACAUUUACAUCAACUUUAUUUGGAUUGCUCUGGGAAUGGCGUUGGAGCUGACAGGACCCUCAUUACAAGACCUGAAGGACAGGGUGGACAGCAAUUACGAAGAAAUAGCCAGAGCAGUCAUAGGACGCUCAGCCGGUUUCUUCGUCGGGUCAUUUGGAGGUGGCUUUCUAUGUGACCGGUUCCAAAGACACGUGGAUCUAAUCCUUGUUGCGUUCUUAUGUGUGGCUGCUGUGGGAACGUUCAUAAUCCCCUGGUGUUCGGUUUUACCACUUCUCUGGUUUAUGUUCGUCCUGCAGGGGAUGUCAGAAGGUGUACUGGCCACGGGCGCCCACGUGGUAAUUCUGAGACUAUGGGGAGAAGAAACGGCACCAUCGGUGUAUUCCUUGCACCUCUCGUAUGGUAUCGGGGCUUUCCUGUCGCCCCUGGUGGCGAAGCCCUUCCUCUCCAAAUCCGCUCCGAUUCCGGACGGCUUGAAAGGUGGAAACAUGUCGCUUUUUGCAAACUUGUCUACGCACAGUCCACUUGAUUUACAGAUAUUGCAGUCCACCCCGGCCUUUGAGACAGUCUUUGGUGCCUUAGUGUCCAACAUAACCAACAAUAUAACCCAUGCUAACAGCACAUCUUACGUCGUAAGUCAAUCAACGAUUGAGUAUGGCUAUAGUAUUGCUGGCAUAGCAUUGUCAGUCAUGAUUCCCUUUGGUUUGUUCUUCCAAAUUAAACGCUUCCCUAAAGUUGAAAUUAAAAUCAAGGAUCCUACAUUUGUGAAUAUAUUUUCGCCGGGCACUUGCGCUGAAGGGGACACCGUUUUUGGUUUCAAAAUUUUCAUUUUGUUGUUUCUGUUUUACUUUCAUGGGAUAGGAGGAGUUGAGCAUAGCUGGGGGAAAUACUUAUUCAGUUUUGCCAGAGAGAGCGAGAAUCAUUUCUCGAAAGAUGAAGCUGCUGUUCUAAAUUCCGUUUACUGGGGUGGGUUUUGUCUAGGGCGAAUAUCUGGCGUACUAUUCUCCAAAUGGGUCCACCCGGCCGUUCUGCUGGUGAUCGUCCUGUCGGGCAACAUCACAUCAUCCGCCAUAUUGGCAUUUAUCGGGUAUAGAGACCGUAUAGUCAUGUGGGUUUUCACCUUUCUGUUCGGUGUGACCGUGAGUGUGAUAUUUGGUGCGUGUGUGGCCUGGACCAAUCACUACAUGACCGUGACCGGCAUGGCUGUUGGGGUACUUUACAUAGGAACUGCAGCGGGGGGUUUGCUCUACCAAUGGCUGGCAGGGUAUCUCCUGCAGUACUACGGCCCCAAUGCCAUGAUGUAUAUGAUAUUAGCGUGCGGCGUUGUCGCAGGCGGCUUGUUUGCUACAAUGCAGUUCUUAAUGAUGACAGCGUCUGUUAAAGACAAUGAAAAAGACUCUGUGUCUGAUAAAGAGAGUAAAAACUCGGUUAAUGAGUAUGAAUUAGUUAAUUGUGAUGAAAAGGUGGAGGAUAUGCACAAAGAAGAUAAAGUAUGAAGCUUGUAUUUGAUAAUACGGGGUCGGAAAGCCACUAACAUUAAACAUAGGUCUACGAAAAACAACGAAAAGCGUGGGCUGCAGUUUGCGGCAUUUUACCAAUAAACAAAAGAGUUACCUUUUUUGGACAAAGUCCCAGGUGAAAAGAAAGUACACCUUAUGUCUAUUUUCUCUCAGCAACUAUUAACGUAUACACGCAUACAACAUAUUAAUCGUAAAGAUCUUGCAAGAGUGUAUUUUUGCCAAAACAAUCCGCAGAUACUACAAAGUUGUACAUGUGAGAACAUAUUAUGAUAUGUCAGAUAAAACUUGUGUGUCUCAAACGCGUAUUAUAGCAUAGAAUUGUACAUUAUACUACGUGUAAGUUUUUUCUAUAUAUAUCAUGGAGAAAUAAACGAUA